AUGAAGGCGAUUUCCGACUCCACUGUACAUUCCAGGGCGCGACCUUCACAGCGCUCAUCGACCGCCUGCUCUAGAUGCCAUGAGCGCAAAGUGCGAUGCGACGUUACUACGUCCAGCGGGCCAUGCUCAAACUGUCGAGCGAACCAGGAUGAGUGCGUCACCUUCAAGGCAAAGAAGCGUGGCCGAAGAAGGAAGCAUUUGCUGCCGUCUAUCAGCAGCGCUGAGGGAAGAGUUUUGAGCGAGCCUGAAACCAUUUUUUACGGAUCUGAAUCGCAAUCGAGCAUAAUUGGAGAUCAUGGCAAUGACUCCGGACGUCGAGUCAGCAAUGAAGUUCAUCCCGACAUGAGCGACAUUGAUAUUCGCUCGUUCGACGCGCGCUAUAAACUUCCCGGCUAUGUUCGACCGACCCCAGCCUCCGUGGCUCAAGACGACAUCGACCACUUGGCUAGAAAAAAUGUUUUUGCGCUCCCAUCCGAGUCCUUUCGUAAUAGCUGUAUCACGAGCUAUAUCCAUUGGGUUCAUUUCUUCUUGCCUCUGCUCGACCUACGGGAUUUUCUCGCUAUACUCGCGCAUCCAGAUGGGUCCUGUGGACAAGUCAGCCUACUACUGCUAUACGCAGUGAUGCUGGGCGGUGCAACCUUUGCGCCCCAGAGCGAGAUCACGAGAGCAGGGUACACAUCGAGGUUCGCAGCUCGCAGAGACUUUUUCCAAAGGUGCAAGACAUUGUACCAUACAAACUACGAGUCUGACCGCAUCGUAAUUGUGCAGGCCUUGCUAUUAAUGUCAUACUGGCAAGAAAAGCACGACGAAAAAGUGGUAUUUGACAGUCUCUAUGAAGAGUCGCAUCCCAAACUGGGAACCAAAACCGAAGUAACGCUCAUCUUGCUGCCUGUUGCUGAAAAGGCAGGAUCAGUGAGCGUGUCAAAUCUCGAAGAUCAACUUCAGGAGUGGCCAAAGAGUCUACCGGACGAGCUAAAAUCCGGUGAGCAGGACCCAGUGGUAGAUGAAAAGUCAAGGAUCAUGUUUCUGCACUAUUCCGUGCUGAAAAUGUUCUACGAAACCAUCAUGUGUACAUUCUAUCGGCCGCUGCUCUUAGCAGAGCAAUACUCGACCGAUACUCCCAGCGGCCAGUGCAAGCAAAGGAUGGCUCACUCCACCAUGCUCAUCACUCGCUCUUUUGAAGACUUGGAGGAGCACGAUCUUGUUCGGUUCCUUCCCUCAUCGGGAGUAACAUUCUUGUUGACUGCGGCGACCAACCAUCUCAUGGAGUUUAAGCUCAUGAGACAGGGUGCCCCCCAGCAGCGGCACAUACGUCGCUUCCAGGAUUGCUUGUCUUAUAUGAAGGUAUUGAAAGGCGUUCACGUAUAUGCCAAAUACGCCGACCUGUUUCUCCGGCAUGUUGCCCUGCAAGUUGGCUUGAACAAGUAUUCUGUCCCCGCCGGCGAUACAAAUGACGAUAAACUGGUGGAGCGCGAAGGUCUAGGCCCAUGGGCUACGGCUCAUACGCCCGAUUUGCUGGUGCCCCCUCAACUCGGCAUGCCUCGCCAGACUGUCGCGGCCGAGGCCGGCAUACCGGUUGACGUGAGAGCAGCUGGUGACAUCGCUCCAUCGCCACACUCCACUCGCCAAUCAUCAGGGCCGUUGCUUCCACAAGACGGCUCGCAGGACUACAUGCAACCUACAAUAGCGACAAGCAGCGGUGCUGCUGGGUACGUUCUAGACGACAGCCCUUCAUGUGACGUCGAUGAAUUGAUUGCUGGCUCUGGAUUUCUGAGCAACACUCUCUGGGAAUAUGGCUGGAUCAACCAAGUAACCAACAUUUGGCCAGAAGAGCCUUGGAGAGGGGACAUCGCCACUAGCCAACAACCACCUACUAGCUAA